CGGAAUAAGGACUACGAUUUGAGGGCAUGCACCUGGAAUGUCCGGACCCUUAAUUGGGAAGGUGCCGCUGCCCAGCUGGUUGAUGUCCUCGCGAAAAUAAAGGCUGACAUCACCGCCGUCCAAGAAAUGCGAUGGACGGGACAAGGACAGAGACGAAUAGGUCCUUGUGACAUUUACUACAGUGGCCAUAUAAAGGAGCGCAAGUUUGGUGUUGGAUUCGUGGUGGGAGAGAGACUCCGUCGCCGAGUACUAUCAUUCACUCCGGUGAAUGAACGUCUAGCCACAGUCCGCAUCAAAGCGAGGUUCUUCAACAUAUCGCUGAUCUGCGCCCACGCUCCGACGGAUGAGAAGGACGAUGUGACCAAAGAUGCCUUUUAUGAGUGCUUGGAACGCACUUAUGAGAGAUGCCCCCGCCACGAUGUCAAAAUCGUGCUUGGCGACUUUAACGCCAGGGUGGGCAAAGAAGGUAUCUUUGGCACUAUGGUCGGUAAAUUCAGCCUCCACGAGGAAACAUCCCCAAAUGGGUUGAGGCUGAUCGACUUCGCCGGGGCCCGAAAUAUGGUUAUCUGUAGUACUAGAUUCCAGCAUAAAAAAAUUCAUCAAGCUACCUGGCUGUCUCCGGAUCGAAAAACUACCAACCAGAUCGAUCAUGUUGUGAUAGACGGAAGACACGUCUCCAGUGUUUUAGAUGUGCGUGCGCUCCGAGGUCCUAACAUCGACUCGGACCACUAUCUUGUUGCAGCCAAGAUUCGCACCCGCCUCUGUGCAGCAAAAAACGCACGCCAACAAACACAAGGAAGGUUCCACGUCGAAAAGCUGCAAUCACAACAGACUGCCGAACGAUUUUCUACUCGGCUUGCACUCCUGCUCUCUGAGAGCACUCAUCAACAACUCGGUAUAAGGGAACUGUGGGACGGCAUUUCAAACUCCUUACGUACAGCUGCAUCCGAAACCCUUGGUUUUCGGAAAGUGCAAAAGAACAACUGGUACGACGAGGAGUGCCGCGCCGCAGCGGAGAGAAAACAGGCUGCCUACCUCGCCACGUUACGAUCGACCACAACACGUGCGGGAUGGGAUAGAUACCGAGAAUUGAAGAGGGAAGCGAGACGCAUCUGCAGACAGAAAAAGAAAGAGGCCGAAAUGCGUGAGUAUGAAGAGCUUGAUAAGCUGGCCGACAGGGGUAAUGCUCGAAAAUUCUACGAAAAAAUGCGGCGGCUUACGGAAGGUUUCAAGACCGGAGCAUACUCUUGUAGAACCCCCAAAGGUGAUCUAGUGACCGAUGCCCAGAGCAUACUUAAAUUAUGGAGGGAACACUUCUCCAGCCUGCUGAAUGGCAGUGAAUGCACAACGCCAGGAGAAGGCGAACCCGAUUCCCCAAUCGAUGACGAUGGAGCAGACGUCCCAUUGCCCGACCAUGAAGAAGUUCGAAUAGCAAUUACCCGCCUGAAGAACAACAAAGCGGCGGGGGCCGAUGGAUUACCGGCCGAGCUAUUCAAACACGGCGGCGAAGAACUGAUAAGGAGCAUGCAUCAGCUUCUUUGUAAAAUAUGGUCGGACGAAAGCAUGCCCAACGAUUGGAAUUUAAGUGUGCUAUGCCCAAUCCAUAAAAAAGGAGACCCCACAAUCUGCGCCAACUACCGUGGGAUUAGCCUCCUCAACAUCGCAUAUAAGGUUCUAUCGAGCGUAUUGAGUGAAAGAUUAAAGCCCACCGUCAACAAACUGAUUGGACCUUAUCAGUGUGGCUUUAGACCUGAAAAUCAACAACCGACCAGAUAUUCACCAUGCGCCAAAUCUUGGAAAAGACCCGUGAAAGGAGAAUCGACACACACCACCUUUUCGUCGAUUUCAAAGCUGCUUUCGACAGCACGAAAAGGAGCUGCCUCUAUGCCGCGAUGUCUGAAUUUGGUAUCCCCGCAAAACUAAUACGGCUGUGUAAACUGACGCUGAGCAACACGAAGAGCUCCGUCAGAAUCGGGAAGGACCUCUCCGAGCCGUUCGAUACCAAACGAGGUUUCAGACAAGGCGAUUCCCUAUCGUGUGACUUUUUCAACCUGCUUCUGGAGAAAAUAGUUCGAGCUGCAGAACUUAGUAGAGAAGGUACCAUCUUUUAUAAGAGUGUACAGCUGCUGGCGUAUGCUGAUGAUAUUGAUAUCAUCGGCCUUAACACCCGCGCCGUUAGUUCUGCUUUCUCCAGACUAGACAAGGAAGCAAAACAAAUGGGUCUGGCAGUGAACGAGGGCAAGACGAAAUAUCUCCUGUCAUCAAACAA